AUGGCUGACAUGGCCACCGCCCCGCUCCUGACAAGGCACAAAGCCAAUCCGCCGAAGGUGCCUUCAGCUUCAAUCGACGACAUGAUCGAGAAGUACAUCGGAGACACCGGCGCCAUGCAGCUGCUCAAGGCAGUCUUUGUGGCCUUGGCCUGGGCCUUCGACGCGCAGCAGGUGUUCAUCUCCGUGUUCACGGAUGCGGAGCCGCAGUGGCACUGCGUCGGCGUAGCCGGCAACUCCUCCUGCAAGCCGGCUGCGGCCUCGCCGUGCGCGCUCCCGCUCGACACGUGGGCAUGGGAUCGGCCGGCCAAGACGUCUGUGGUGUCCGAGUGGGCACUCCAGUGCGCCGGCCCGGCGCUCGUCUCCCUCCCGGCGUCGUCGUUCUUCGCCGGCUGCCUGGUCGGUGGCUUCGUGCUCACCACGCUUGCGGACUCGGUCCUCGGGCGCAAGAAGAUGCUCCUCGUGUCCCUGGUGUCCAUGUCCGUCGCCGGCCUUCUCACCGCCCUGGCGCCGAACGUGUGGGCAUACGCCGCCCUGCGAUUUGUGUCCGGGUUCGCAAGGUCGAUAGUGGGCACGUGCACGCUGGUCCUGUCAACCGAGCUCGUCGGGAAGAAGUGGCGCGACACGGUGAGCGUGGCGGCAUUCUUCUGCUACACCGUCGGGUUCCUGUCCCUCCCAGCGCUUGCCUACGCGUUACGCGAGGAGUCCUGGCGGAGCAUGUACUUCUGGAUGUCCGUGCCUUGUCUCUUCUACGCCACUCUGCUUCAUUUCCUAGCCCAGGAGUCACCGCGGUGGCUGCUGGUGCGCGGCCACAAGAGGGAUGCAAUCGAGACGCUGAGGCAGAUCGCCACGCUGGACGGCGGCAACACCACGACAGACCUCUCCAUGCUGGAACUGGAACUGGAAGCAUGUAUUACCAUGCACGAGGACGGUGGGUCGAGCGGUGGCGGCGGCGGCGUGUUCGCCGCGCUGCAGGCGAUGUGGGAGCGUCCAUGGGCGAUCAGGAGGCUCGCGGCGAUCAUGGUGGCCGGCUUCGGCGUGGGCAUGGUCUACUUCGGCAUGCCGCUCACCGUUGGCAGCCUGGGCUCCAAUCUCUACCUGAGCACCGCGUACAACGCGCUGGCCGAGGUGCCGUCGUCUAUCCUCUCGGGGCUUCUCAUGGCCAGGGCCAACAGGCGCAGCUCGGUCGAGGCGCUCGCCGCGUCGGCGGGGGCGUGCAGCCUCGCGUGCGUCGCCAUCCCGCAGCGCGCGGAGGCGGCGCGGAUGGCAGCCGAGGUGCUGUCCUUCUUCGCCACGUGCACGGCGUACGACCUCAUCUUGAUCUACACCAUCGAGCUGUUCCCCACGUCCGUGCGUAACUCGGCGGUGGGGCUGGUGCGGCAGGCGAUGGUGCUGGGCGGCAUUGCGGCGCCGGUGCUCGUCGCGCUCGGACGCGAGAGGAGUAUCUUGUCCUUCGGCGUCUUUGGGCUUGUCAUCGGCUGCUCGGGACUCUUCGCUGCCUCCCUGCCGGAGACGAGGGGGAGGAGCAUGUCGGACACCAUGGAGGACGAGGAGAUGCGCAGCCAGGCUGCCGUGGCGUCUUACACCAGCACAAUCCCCAUUGCAAAAUAUAGUGAUAACGACCCUGUGUAG